AUGACAUUAAACGCAUACACGAUCGGGUGCGUGGAUUCCAGCAGGGGUGCAUUUGAUGAAUUUCAUCUUGAGCAAGAGUUGAAAUCAUUGUCAACACAUUAUGCACGUUUCGUGAUCAACCAUGACCUGUUGGUGGGCAAUGCAGCAAAUUCCGAGUUGGAGGCCCACGAGAAGUUAUGGGAAGAGGUUGAAGAUAUUUAUAACAAUGCAUGUACCCACUUGAACCGUGCAAUCAUGGGUGCAAAACCGAGCCAGUCUGCUGUGAUGCCCUUGCGAGAAUGUGAGGUUAAGUUAGAACCGCUUGCAAUUCCAACGUUCGAUGGAACUAUGCAGAAUUGGCUGGCGUUUAAGGACAUUUUUGAAUUGCUUGUCCACAAUACAGACUAUCCUGAGGCCUACAAGUUAGGCAAGUUGCGGCAGGCAGUAAGCGCAAGUACUGUACCGAUCGUCGGGAGUGUAUACUCUGGGGGAUCCGCUGAUUUAUGGAAAGCGCUUAAAGAACGUUUUGACAAUAGAAGGCAACUGGCUGAGACUCAUGUGUCACGCUUACUCAAUGUCAAGCCGACAACUGAGGACACACCAACUGCGUUACUGUUCAUCGUCAACACGGUACAUGAAUCACUACCAGUGGCUGAAUGGAAUGCUGUGGUCGUACCGAUAAUAGUUCCGAAACUUCCGAUAACUACACAGCGCGAAUGGAACAUGAGCUGUUCACCCACCGAAAUUCCGAGCCUCAAUGAGCUGCUUACGUUUUUGGGUCAGCGGGCUCAUAGCCUCAGCACAACAGUUGUCACAUGGAGCAAUGGGGUUGAAUUUACGUCCAAGAGUCAUCAGCGCGCUGGUGGUCCGUCAAGAGCUGUUAAAUCACACGUCUUAUCUGCAGAGGAGGGUAAAUGCACAUACUGCCAAGGUGCACAUCGUAUUAUGAAAUGCGCACGCUUUCUUGUGAUGAAAUACGAACACAGAAUUACUGCUGCAAAGACUACAAGGCCUUGUUUUUACUGCCUAAAACAAGGGCAUUCAGCAAAACAAUGUCCAUUGGGGAAUUGCCGUCACUGUGGUCGUAAGCACAACUCAUUACUUUGCCGCGAAUCAUUAUCUCAGAAUCCAUCAGAGAGCAAAUGCGAAAUUUCGGUGGAAAGAUUCGGAGCUUACUCCUACGCUCGUACACGUGGGCAUGUCACACUCACGUUUAAAUCGCUCUAUUCCAGUUUUAGUAUGGAAAUCGUUGCACUUGUCAUGCAGUCAAUUACUAAGGUCAUCCCAACAGUGCAUAUUGACAUGACACGGUGGCAGCAUUUGAAUGGUCUAGAAUUGGCCGAUACGCAGUUCGGCAUUCCUAGUAAUAUCGAUAUUCUUAUUGGUGCGGAUGUAUGGGGAAAAGCAGUCGAAGAGGACAAAAGACUCGGUGGCUUCAAUGAGCCACACGCCCAGCGAACCCGCUUCGGCUGGGUUGUCUUCGGUCCAGUACCAGCAGCGCAUCCAGCAACGCCGCCAACUCUUUCCUUCAGCGCCCAGCAAGGCGAAGAGAACGCACGCUUGGAGGAGCUCGUAAGAAGCUUUUGGAAGUUAGAGGAAGUGCCUUCACAAGAUUGUAACGGCGAAGAUGAAUGUGAGAAAAUCUUUUUGACCACACACCAAUUUGGAGAGAAUCACCAGACACUGACCUAG